GUGAUUCAGGGCUGGGGAGACCCGAGACUUUGGCUGACCGGACCAGUGCGCUAGGUCAGCGCUCGAGGCAACAGUGUCCCGAGCUGCUCGGAUAUGCAGGCGGCGAGGAUGUACCCGCGCGUCGGGCGGCAGCUGUUGAGCUUGGGGGGCGGAAGCUUGCGGCCCAGUGCGCUUCUGGGGCAGCCCCGGCCCGGCCCGGCCCACCGACCCUAUGCCAAUGGGGCCGCUGAGGCGGUUCUGGACAAGGCUCAACCCCUCGCCGCCGAUGCUGCUUCGACCAGGGAAAAACCGGCCAAGGCAGAAUCAAAGUCCUUUGCUGUGGGUAUGUUCAAGGGCCAACUCACCACCGAUCAGGUGUUUCCAUUCCCGGAUGUGCUCAACGAGGAGCAGACACAGUUUCUCAAAGAGCUGGUGGGACCUGUAUCCCGUUUCUUCGAGGAGGUGAACGACCCUGCCAAGAAUGACAUGAUGGAGCAGGUGGAGGAGACCACCAUGCAGGGCCUCAAGGAGCUCGGGGCCUUUGGUCUGCAAGUGCCCAGUGAGCUGGGCGGUGUGGGCCUUUGCAACACCCAGUAUGCCCGCCUGGUGGAGAUUGUGGGCAUGCAUGACCUUGGUGUAGGCAUCACCCUGGGGGCCCAUCAGAGCAUCGGUUUCAAAGGCAUCCUGCUCUUUGGCACAAAGGCCCAAAAGGAAAAAUACCUCCCCAAACUGGCAUCUGGGGAGACUCUGGCUGCUUUCUGUCUCACCGAGCCCUCGAGUGGGUCAGAUGCAGCCUCUAUCCGGACCUCAGCUGUGCCCAGCCCCUGUGGAAAAUAUUAUACCCUCAAUGGAAGCAAGAUUUGGAUCAGUAAUGGAGGCCUGGCAGAUAUUUUCACGGUCUUUGCCAAGACACCAGUUACAGAUGCAGCCACAGGAGCUGUGAAAGAGAAGAUCACCGCUUUUGUGGUGGAGAGGAGCUUUGGUGGUGUUACCCACGGGCCCCCCGAGAAGAAGAUGGGCAUCAAGGCCUCAAACACGGCAGAGGUGUACUUUGAUGGAGUUCGGGUGCCGGCAGAGAAUGUGCUGGGCGAGGUUGGGGGUGGCUUCAAGGUCGCCAUGCACAUUCUCAACAAUGGAAGGUUUGGCAUGGCAGCAGCCCUUGCAGGCACCAUGAAAGGCAUCAUUGCUAAGGCGGUGGAUCAUGCUGCAAAUCGUACCCAGUUUGGAGAGAAAAUUCACAACUAUGGGCUGAUCCAGGAGAAGCUGGCUCGGAUGGCUAUGUUACAGUAUGUGACUGAGUCCAUGGCUUACAUGGUGAGUGCCAACAUGGACCAGGGAUCCAAGGACUUUCAGAUAGAGGCCGCCAUCAGCAAAAUCUUUGGUUCGGAAGCAGCCUGGAAAGUGACAGAUGAAUGCAUCCAAAUCAUGGGGGGCAUGGGCUUCAUGAAGGAGCCAGGAGUAGAGCGUGUGCUCCGAGAUCUUCGAAUCUUCCGGAUCUUUGAGGGGACAAAUGACAUUCUGCGACUGUUUGUGGCUCUGCAGGGUUGUAUGGACAAAGGAAAGGAACUCUCUGGGCUUGGCAGUGCUCUAAAGAAUCCUUUUGGGAAUGCAGGCCUUCUGCUAGGAGAAGCAGGCAAACAGCUGAGGCGGCGGGCAGGGCUGGGCAGUGGCCUGAGUCUCAGUGGAGUCAUCCACAAGGACUUGAGUCGGAGCGGUGAGCUGGCAGUGAAAGCCCUGGAGCAGUUUGCCACUGUGGUGGAAGCCAAGCUGAUAAAACAUAAAAAGAAUAUUGUCAAUGAACAGUUUCUGCUGCAGCGUCUGGCAGACAGUGCCAUUGACCUCUAUGCCAUGGUGGUGGUUCUCUCCAGGGCCUCAAGAUCCCUGAGUGAAGGCUACCCCACAGCCCAGCAUGAGAAAAUGCUCUGUGACAGCUGGUGCAUUGAGGCUGCAGCCCGGAUCCGGGAGAACAUGGCUGCUGUGCAUUCUGACCCCCAGCAGCAGGAGCUCUUCCGAAACUUCAAAAGCAUCUCUAACGCCUUGGUGGAGCAGGGUGGCGUGGUCACCAGCAACCCCCUUGGCUUCUGAGUACCCCCAACCAGGGCCUAGUCCAGAACGUGCCUUCUCUCAAGCCAAAAUCCAGGUUCCUUUUCCACAGACCCUGCUUCUGCCUUGAAGGGCUUCACCUCAGGAGUGUGCCUGCUCUCACAAGGAGCACUUACUGCCUCACAAAUAA